GUUCUUUAAAUACGGAUCUAAAGACAGACGUUCAGCUCAAUCUUAUUUAAAACUGUUGAAGCAACUGAUCUGAGUUCACGUGGGCAUCUUCGUGAAAUUAAAAAUGAAACUCGUGUUGGUGUUUUUGGGCAUGUUGGCGCUGGGACACACAAUUCCCAUGCAGCGGAAGAGAUUUACACGAUCAGACAGCUCAGAACACAAUGAGAGCGACGGAAACGGCAAUGAAGAGGAGGAACCAGUGAAUGAGGAAGAGAGUGAAGGAGGAGAGGGAGACAGUGAGGAAGAAGGUGAAAAUGAUGAGGAAGAUUACAGUGAUGAAGACGGCAGUGACGGGGGGAGCGAGAGUGAAGGAGGGGAUGAAGAAGAGGAAGAACAGACUGAAGAUGAGAAGAAUGAGACACAUGGAGACGAAGAACCGCCGACAGUCUUCAGUAACAAACAGAAGAUCUCCACUCAAGGAUUUACAGACGCUGUCGUCUAAAACUCAGUUAUUAAUAUUCCUGUAACAACAUUCACAUCUGUUGGAGUAAAUAAUCCCAUAUUAAUCUUGUGCAUUUACAUAUAAGACAUAAUAAACGUCCUCAUCAGUGCUGAUAUCUGCUGUGUUAUUAAUAUACUUGAGUUUUAAUCUCAACAUAUAAACGAUAUAAAAGUCUGUAAAUAAACGUUACUUUAAAAG